AUGUCGAAUGUAGCCGCCAACGCAGACGCUCCAAAAUCAGCAAAAAAGCGAAAGCUCACCGACAAGUCCAUCCCGAAUGUUAUCCUACAAAACCCAGCGUUCGCGGAGGAUUCAGCAAUGUAUCAGGACCUUCUGGAGAUGGAACGCAAACUAGAUUGGACUACCACGAGAAAGAAAGCCGAAGUUCAGGAUGCGCUGGGGAGAAAUCCAACAACGACGCGCACCCUCCGGCUGUUCCUCAGUCACAGCACUUCAGGCCAGGCAUGGCAGGCAGGAUCUGAUGCUGUGGUUCCCAACUUCGAUACAGGAGAAGGUGUUCCUGCGUGGACGCUGAAGAUUGAUGGCAGGUUGUUGGAGCCCCCGAAUGCACGAAGCAGGGACAAGAUUCAGCCGCGAAAAUUCUCGACUUUGAUCAAACGAAUGGUAGUGGAGAUGGACAGAGACCCAGCAGUGUACCCAGAGUCGAACAUCGUCGAAUGGCCCCGCGCGUCAAGUCACCAGAAUCCGGUUCUGGACGGGUUCACUAUUCGCAGGACGGGCGAUGUGCUCACUAAGAUCAGGCUCAUAUUAUUCCUUGACCAUAUGCCGGAGCAAUUCAAGGUCGCUCCUGAACUAGCCGCUGUGCUUAGCAUCAAAGAAGAAAGUCGGGUCGGCGUCAUCCAAGCGUUGUGGAACUACGUGAAGGUGCAAGGGCUGCAGGAUAAAAGCAAUAGGCGGAUAGUACGAGCCGAUGAUGCACUGAAACCCAUCUUCGGUGCAGAAUCUGUGCCUUUCCACAAACUCCCAGACAUUGUGAAUCGAUACCUGACUGCCCCAGACCCCGUAGUCAUCCAUUAUACACUAAAUCCAGGAAUACCACCACCUGAGAGACCGUCAGCCUGGGAUAUGGAAGUCAAGAUCGAGGACCAUACGCUCAAGAAUCGAAUGACUGUCAUGCUCCAGGCUAACAAAGAGAGUGCUGCGACCCUUGCUAAACUAGACGAAGAGAUCGCCUUACUCGCUCAAUCGUUACACAACUCCCACCUCAAACGGACUUUCUUACAAUCGUUUGCAGAUGACCCAGCUCAGUUCAUCCAGACAUGGCUGGAAUCUCAGUCGAGGGACCUGGAAAGUAUCCUAGGCGGAGCGGGUGAAGGUGCGGCCGUCAGAGCGGAAGAGCUCAAGAGGAGUGAAUUUUUCAGGUUGCCGUGGGUAGAAGAGGCUGUGGCAAUCCACGAAGGUAUUCGUCUAUCCCAGAAGGGCAUUCAGUGA